AUGAGGGGGUGGCGAGAGGGGGUGGAGGUGGUGGCUCUGUCGCUGCGGGGCUACGGCUACGGCAACGAGGACGAGGAGGACGACCGGCCGGAGAAGCCGCGGCGGUACGGGGUGACGGAGAUGCGGAGCCCCUUCUACUCCUUCCGCCCCGCAAACCAGGCGCUCCAGGAAAUAUUGGAUUCUGUUAGUCCAUUUGUUGAUGGUUUGAAGUUUUCUGGAGGAUGCCAUAGUUUGAUGGGAAAGGAGUUGGUUAGAGAGAUCACUGAUCUAGCACACAAGCAUGACAUUUAUGUGAGCACAGGUGAUUGGGCAGAGCAUUUGCUGCGUCAAGGACCCUCUUCUUUCAAGCAAUAUGUAGAGGAAUGCAAGGCCUUAGGGUUUGACACAAUUGAGCUGAAUGCUGGAUCUCUCAACCUCCCUGAAGAAGCUCUGUUGAGGCUAGUCCACCUCAUCAAGAGUAGUGGUUUGAGGGCAAAACCAAUGUUUUCAGUGAAGUUUGACAGUUCUGAUAUUCCAGCAUCUCGUGAUAGGGCCUUUGGGGCGUACAUAGCUCCGGUCAAGGAGAAGACCUCAGAAAGAGUUGAAGAUGUUGACCUGCUGAUUAGGAGGGCAGAGAGAUGCUUGGAAGCAGGCGCAGAUAUGAUCAUGAUCGACGCCGAUGGUGUUUGCCAGCGUGCUGAAUCUCUGAGGACAGACAUCGUCGCCAAGAUUGUAGGCCGGCUCGGGCUUGAUAAAACCAUGUUUGAAGCUUCCAACCCCAACACCUCAGAGUGGUUUGUCAGACGAUAUGGCCCAAGGGUAAAUCUCUUUGUCGACCACUCUGACGUGAUGAAUCUGGAGCGCCUCCGGGGCUUCAACAUGCACCGAAGCAACUUGGCCUCUCGUUAUGCCUCGCCGUUCUUCCUGAUGUAA